AUGGCAGACAAAAUAAAAAUUAAUACUAAAUAUGACAUCCAAGAUAACUAUGAACCCUCCGACUCUGAAGAUGAUUACACUGAAUCAGAGAAAAAAAUUAUGAAUAACUUGCGUAAGAGAAAGCAUCAAGAUUCCGGUAGCGAAGAGGAAGUUUAUGGGUUCUCUGAGUCAGAAGAUGACGACAAAAGUGAUUUGGGAAUGGCUGACAGUGAUGUGGAGGGCCAAGAAAAGUCAGAUGAUGACUUACCAGACUCAAAAGCUUGGGGAAAGAAGAAACAGUCAUACUAUUCAACUGAUUAUGUAGAUGAAGAUUAUGGUGGGUUCGGAGAUGAGGAAGAAAAUGCUCUCAUGGAAGAAGAGGAAGCUAAAAACAUUCAAAAAAGAUUAAUCGAGCAACUGGGAGAGGAAGAUUUCACACUAGAGUUCUUCAAUGAACAAAGUACCAAAGCUGAUGAUAAAGAAACUGUUAUUAAAAGUGAUGUAAGUCAAAUGUCCAAAAGGCAAAAAUUACAAUUACUUGAAAAAGAAAGCCCGGAAUUCUCAGGUCUCAUUGAUGAUUUCAAAUCAAAGCUGACAGUAGCAAAACAGGAUUUAAGUCCCGUUCUAGAACUAGUGAAGGGUGGAAAAAUUCCAGACUGCUCUGCUUCCAAAUUUGUCAAAACUAAUUAUGAUCUUAUAUUAAACUACUGCACAAACAUUAGUUUUUACUUAUUGUUGAAAAGCAGAAGAAUUAAUGUUCAAAAUCAUCCUGUGAUCAAAAGGUUAUAUCAGUAUAGACAAAUGUUGAAGAAAAUGGAACCAAUAUAUCUUGAAGUGAUCAAACCACAGAUAGACAGUAUAAUGAGUAUAGUCAAAAAUAAUCUUAAACUACAGAUUAAGGAACAGAGGAAUAAGAAGCGUAAAUCAGGCAAGGAUUCAGAAUAUCCAGCAAAGAAACUUAAAUUGAUCAAUGCUGUUGAAAAGGAAGGAGAUGACACAGGAGUGUCUGAUGAUGAAGAUGUUGAUGAUAAAUUCGAAAAUACAAAUGAAGCUGACAAUUCAUUACGAAAUGACAAUGAAUCUGAUGAGAGCGGUUUCUCAGAUAAUAAUGAAAUCGAUGAACAAAAGCCUUCCACAUCGAGCCAAGACAUAUUACCAGGAGAUGUUGUUGAUAAAAGAGAGAUAACAUAUCAAAUUGCUAAAAACAAAGGCUUGACACCACACAGAAAGAAGGAACAAAGGAAUCCACGUGUGAAACAUAAGCUUAAAUAUAGAAAAGCUAAAAUAAGAAGGAAGGGAGCUGUUAGAGAGGCAAGGACAGAAGUUACGAGAUAUGGCGGAGAGGCAUCAGGCAUUAAGGCUAACGUUAAGAAGAGCAUCAAAAUAAAAUAG